AUGGAGUGCCAUAUGUACGACGGCACUAAGGAGAGCAAGCAAAACUUCGAAGACGCCACCGGGAUAAAGCCAAUGCGUUUUGCCCAGGCUUGGUUGGAGGAACCAGGGUCGCGAUGGAGUUUCUUCCACUUCGACUACAACAACCCUCGUCUUGCCCCUACCGCCGCUGCUACUGGACCGCAACUCGUCGCGCAACGUCUGGUGGAGCUGUGGGCUGCCAAGACUAAGCAUUGGCGUACCGUGAGUAACUUAGAAACCAAAUCCAAGAUCGUGGCGAAAUUGGCGAGGCGUUCUUCGAGCAUGAGCAAGACGCUGCCACCAAGUGGCCAAUUCACAUCAUACCAUCCCGGCAUCCUAUGCAAAUGCAAAGCCGCCAUCGACAUCCCAGUCCUCAACGACAUCACCGGCAAGCGAUCAGGAUUCCUGACCGGCUGGCGUAGCAAGGAGGACCUCGUAAAGGCUAUGCUCGCCCUUUGGGCCUCACACGUCCGUGGCUGGCGCAGCACAAGCAAGACUCGUCGGGAAGUGCGUACGCGCUACCACGAAGAGCUCAAAUCUUCCGGCUUGCUGCGCAUCGUUGAGAACGAGACGGGAGUUCAACACGCACUAGAUCCCCACAAGAAGGACAACGAUGACGAUCCAUUGUGCCGCUACGUCAGGGUUCCUGGUAAGGAGGAGGGGCACAAGGGGACGGCUGUGUUGUAUGCGAAGACGGAGAAGGGUGGUGGGGCGGGCUAUCAGCCUCUUGAGUUUCGGCCUUGUCAUCAGGAGUGCCGUGGGUGGAAGCGGGUGGAGAUCGAUCUUCACGAGGCGACUGGACCGUUUCUUGAGGAGGAUAUAGCUAGGGCAAGGGUGGUGCGUGCUGAGUGGUGA